AUGUCGCGAGAGAAUGGGACUGCCAAGUUUGGCAAGGUCUUCGGAUGCAAGGGUAAUUUGUUUCGUACUGGUUUUGGCGCUAUUUUGAAGUUGUGUUCAAAUGGUUACAUUUUUUUUUAUUUUUUUUGAGCGGGUUAAUUUUUUUUUAUUUUUUUUUAAAUGGUUUGAAAAAAAAAUAGUUUUAAAAAUGGUUUUUACUUUACAUGAAACUGUCCGUGCCCUUAUUUUACAAAAAAAAAUCAUAAAAAUGUUUUUUGGAAAAUUUAAGUCGAAUUUUUUCAAAAGAAAUUUUUUUUUAUAACAAUUUUAAAAAUUGUUUAAACAUGUUAGAAGUACUGUUGCUAAUAUUAAAGUAUCAAGAAAUUUCGUAUUUUACAAAAAAAAUCAUAAAAAAUAUUUUUGAUAAUUUUAUUCAACAGGGGGACCAAGUUAAAUCUUUUUCAAAAAAAAAAUUUUUUUCUUAAAAGUUUUAAAAAUUGUUCAAACACGUUAAAAGUACUGUUGCUAAUACACGAGGACUAAUAUGUUUCGUAUUUUACAAACAAAAUCAUAAAAAAAUUUUUCGGAUAAUUUAAUUCAACAGGGGGGACCAAAUCAAAUUUUUUCAAAAAAAAUUUUUUUUUCAUAACAAUUUUAAAAAUUGUUUAAAUACUUUUUAAAAUGUGUUGCUAAAAUCAAAAUCUUGUCUUACCCGUAUUUUACAAAAUCUUAAAAAUAAUUUUCAAAUUUUUUAAAAUUUUCUAUUUUUAGUACCAAUAUCUACUAUAAUAAAAUUCUUAUUGUUAAACUUUUUAUUAGCUAAAAUAAGUACCGGAAGUAAUUUAUCUUAUAAUAACGGGUAAUAAAAAGGUAAAUAAGUUUGUAGCCUACACUUUUUCGUUCAUAUUUUAAUGAAAAAUUGGCAAAAAUGGUCCCAAAGGGCUUAAAAAUGGGCUGAAGAUAACCCUUCUUUAGUGCUAAAAAGGUUUUAUUCAUAGUUUUAUUAUAAAUAUUACCUAAAAUCUAAACUUUUUUGCUGGUUUACGUUUUUUGAAAGAUUUUUUUUUAUUUUGUUUAUAAUAAAAGGCUCAAAAUCUAUCCGAAAUGGUCAAAAGAUCUGCUAAAAGACGAAACAGUAUGUUAACCACAAUUUUUUUAAAAAAAUUUAAAAAAAGUUAAAAUUUUAAAAACAAAAACGAUAUUUUAGGUAACAAAUGAUAUGUUAUAAAUAUAUAAAUACUAAUUUCUUUUUUUUUUAGAUUUGAUGAACGAUUGGGAGAUUGGGGGCACUCAAAACGCAUGGGUAUGCCCAUCAGACCGACACCUUCAGCUCCGAGCUCAGUAAGUCAAUAAUCUUGUUUUUUUUUGGGAUUUUAGGUAACAUAUUAAACUGUAUUUGGUUUUUUUGACAUUAUUUUAGUUUUUUGCUCAGUUUUUGAAAACUGCACCCUGCAAAAAAAUUAAAUUUUGUCAUUGCACUGUGCGAAUCAAAAAAGAUUGUAUUCUUUAGUUUUUUUUAAAUUUUAGGUAACAUACAAGGGCCAAAACUUAAUUUUUAGACUUUUUUUUAAAAUUUUGUUUAGUUUUUAAAACCGCAUCGUGAAAAAAAAUGUAAAUUUUGUCAUUGCACUGUGCAAAAUUGAAAAAUAAAAUUAAAAAAUUUUUUUUUCAGAAUUUUAGGUUGCAUGCGGAAUCAUAUCUUACUUUUUUGAUAUUUUUUUUUAAAUUUUUUUUUUAAAUUUGAGUUUUCUUUUAAACAUUUCUUUCACUUUGCCUCGUGCAAAAGAAAAAAAAACAUAAAAUUUCAAAAAAUUUUAAAUUUUUAAAAUUUUUAGAUUAAAAAGUGGCUGGAGUGUACGAACAGCUACAGCCAGGUCGCCGACUACGACCAAAGCGACGGCCAUGAAUGGGAUUAGCGACGCCGAGCAAGAACAGAUCAGGAAAGUGUUGGCAAGAGCUGAAGCUGGGAAACAACAAGAAAAGGAGAGAAUUGGGUAGGUUACUAUGUAAAAUACGGGUAUUGUGUGCUAUUUUAUAGUUUUUGAUACUGACAUGAGCUAAGGGUACGAGAAAGGUAUUUUUGGUUAGUUGGGGGGGAAGGAUCGCAUAGGGUUGAGUUUCAGACAAAUUUUUGCCAUUUUAAGUUUUGUAAAGAAAGUUCUUGCCAUUUUAACUUUUGUAAAGAAAGUUUUUGCCAUUUCAGUUUUGUGCAGAAAGUUCUUGCUAUUCUUCCAUAAAAAGCAAAGUUUUGAAGCUUGCAGCCUGCGGGUGACGAGUUACACGAUAAAUGCCAUUUUGUAACUUUUAAAGAAAGUUCUUGCCAUUUCAUGUUUUGUAAAGAAAGUUUUUGCCAAUUGACGUUUUGUAAAGAAAGUUCAUGCCAUUUUAUGUUUUGUAAACAAAGUUCUUGCCAUUUUAUCUAUUGUAAAUAAAAUUUUUGCAAUUUUUAACAAAAGACCAACCACCACUGUAUGUUACCUCACAACUUGUGACAAAACCAACCCUAACUUUGCUGAAACACCCCAGCUAUCACGUCGAAUUAACCGUGAAACAGUUGAAGCCGCAAGAGCAGUUUGGCCACUAAUUAAUAGAUUUUUUUAAAAUUUCCGAAAAUUUUGUCCAAAUCAAUUAAACGAUUAGAUUUGGCAAAGUUUUGAAAUCCUUUUUCCUCAAUUCAAUUAGGCCUAAAACGAUUGGCGGCCCUUGCUUCUGGGGCUGCUUUUGGUAUUCGAAUAACGGCAAUUACUUUUUUUGUUAAGGAAGGGCUUGUUUUUAAAAGUUGCAUUGAGUUUUACGGUUGGGGAAUUGGGCAGGGGUAUUUUUGUGAAAAAGAUAUGGUUUUUGAAAUAACUCAAAGAAGGCUAGGGUUGAAUUAGAAUCGGUUUAAGUGGGGCUAAAGUAGGGCUAUUAUAAAGUUGAUGUGAGGCUGGGGCAACGCAUUGUUAAGUUAAGGUAGGGCUAGGGUAAGGCUAUCAUAAAACUAAGGCAGGGCUGAAGUAAGGCUGGGACAAAAGUUAAUCACAGUUGUGAUAAGUUUAUAGUACAGUCUCGAUAGGGAUAUGGUAGGGCUAAAGGAGAUGACAGUAUGGCUAGGGCGGGGCAAAAACGUGACUAGUCUAAGGUAAGGGGAACCGACGAGUACAUGUAAGGCAAGAGUACGGGUAAGCCAAGGGUAUGGGUAAUAUAAGGGUAUGGCCAAUGCAAGAGUAUAAGUAAGGCAAAGAUGUAGGUAAAGCAAAGGUAAGCCAUGGGUAGUGCAAGAAUACGGAUAAGGCAAUAGCAUUGAUAAAGCAAGGGUAUGGGUAAUGCAAGGGUACGGGUAACGCCAGGUUAUCGGUAAAGCAAGGGUAUGGGUGAGGCAAGUAUAUGAGUAAGGCAAGGGUAUACGUAAAGCGUACAGGCAUUAAAAUAAAAUAGAACCAAAUUAAAGCUAAAAUAAAGUAUAUAAGAAUAAAAUUAGGAAUGGGCAUAGGUAGGUGGGCCAGAAAAAAAGUUUAGAAUGAGGUAAACUAAAAUUUAAAGCGAACUUUACACGUGGCUUACUUUUUAGCUUUUGAAGAAUUUGAAAUGAUGCGCUUAAAAAUUUAAAAUCUUUUGUUUUUAAGAAAUUUUAAAGUUUUAAAAGAUCUUUGAAAUUUACACUUUUUGGUUUAAAGUUAAUGCUACUCCUUUAAAACAACUGGGAGUAGUCAAUUCCUUUCCUUUUUUGUCUUACAUGUAUUACCAUGGUUUAUAUUCUCUAUAAAUCAUAUAACUGAAGAUGUAUUACAAUGCUUUGCAUUGACAUAUUACAUAGGCAUUAGAUUUAUCUUAUACUUGGUUAUACUAAUAUAAUAUAUGUAAUAGUACGGCUAGAACUCAGCAUUUUCAAAUUUUUAUUUAUGCUUUCUAUAUGAAACGGGUAUUUUUAUACCCAUUUUUAAUAACUUUAAACGUCCGAGACAUAAGAGACUUUUGAAAUUCGAAGAGGCGAAACAUGAACAUAAGUCGUUGAACUUGUCCAAGUGGCAUGUUGUUCUACUUUUCAUGAGUUUUGAUAAAAAUAAGUUUUUAGGUUGGGACUAGAGCUGGGGAAAAGAAGUAGCGUUAGCUACAAUGAUAGGUAGGGUAGAUGAGAGUAGAACUGGGAUUAAGAUAAGGCCUACAAUAGGUCUGGGCUUGGAUAAAGCAGGGCUUAGGAAGGGUAGACCUUGGGUAGUGUAAGUCACGGGCAGGAUAUGGCGUCAAUAGAGUACGGAUUGGAUAAGAUACGACUUGGGUAGGGUAGGGUGUAGGGUAGGGUAGGGUAGGGUAGGGUAGGGUAGGGUAGGGUAGGGUAGGGUAGGGUAGCGUAGGGUAGGGUAGGGUAGGGUAGGGUAGGGUAGCGUAGGGUAGGGUAGGGUAGGGUAGGGUAGGGUAGGGUAGGGUAGGGUAGGGUAGGGUAGAGUAGGGUAGGGUAGGGUAGGGUAGGGUAGGGCAGGGCAAUGUAGAGUAGAGUAGGGUAGGGUAGGGUAGGGUAGGGUAGGGUAGGGUAGAGUAGGGUAGGGUAGGGUAGGGUAGGGUAGGGUAGGGUAGGGUAGGGUAGGGUAGGGUAGGGUAGGGGUAGGGUAGGGUAGGGUAGGGUAGGGUAGGGUAGGGUAGGGUAGGGUAGGGUAGGGUAGGGUAGGGUAGGGUAGGGUAGGGUAGGGUAGGGUAGGGUAGGGUAGGGUAGGGUAGGGUAGGGUAGGGUAGGGUAGGGUAGGGUAGGGUAGGGUAGGGUAGGGUAGGGUAGGGUAGGGUAGGGUAGAGUAGGGUAGGGUAGGGUAAGGUUACUGCAAUGCAAGAGAAGGAUCAUAUAACUACUGUCUUAAAUUUUUUAAAUUUUAAAAUAUUAAAUUUUUUAGAAUUAAAUUUUUUUUAAUUUCAGAAAAAUGGUAGACCGUCUUGAAAAGAUGAGAACUCGUGCUAGCGGAAACGGUGUGACCCAAUGUUUGAUCUGUCAAACAGAAUUUGGUUUGUUGGCUUCGAAAAGCUAUGCUGCUAUGUGUUCGGAUUGUCGAAAGGUAGGUCAUGUCACAUUGUACUUUUAGUACUGUUUGAAAAAUUGUACGAUUAGUACUAUUUGGAAAGUGGUACUGAUGAUACUUAAAAGUAGUACAAUUAGUACUAACUGCUAUCCUGGUUACGGUAAAUAAAGUUGUAUCAUUAGUUGUUGUACUGGUCUAGUACUGUAAAGUCAUUAAACUUGAUACUAUUUUAGUACGAUACUACGAAUAAUACUCAUUUUCAGUACGUGUGCCAAAAGAACUGCGGAGUAGAGACGGUGGAUCAAAAACGCGGAGAGCCCAUCUUCCUGUGCAAACUGUGCAGCGAGUACCGUGAGGUUGUAAGUUGCUUCCUGCUUAACUUUUCGACCUUUGCUAAUUACCAGUCCUGUCCUUAUCAGUUGGCAUGCAGCACUAACAAAAAAAAUUGUUGAUUUUUGAAAAUAAGCUUAAAAUUACUUGUUUAAAUUCAGUUUCUCGAAAAAAAAUGUUUUAUUUUUUGAAGAAAUAUCACAAAUUUUAUAGAUUAGAACAAAAUGUCAAAACAGCUAUCAGUUUUUCAUUUUUUUUGCUGAAACAUGAUUUAAAACUGACAAAAAUGAAUUCACGGCAAGUUUCAACGCUUGUUGAUUAAUAUAAGCGAAAUGUCACAAAUUUUAUUGAUUGAACCUAAAUGUCACAAAUUUCUCAACUUUUAAAGAAUAGCUUAUCUCGGCCUAAAGCAACUUAUAAGCGGCUUUUUUUUAAUUAAAAAUUAAACUAAAACAUUUUAUUGGAAAUAAGCACGUAAUGUCACAAAAUUAUAGAUUUUUGGUUUUUGCCUUUAAAUUAGCAACAAGUUUUUUUUACUUGUUAUUACUUAUUUUGACUAGCCUUAUAAGGCUCUAUAAACCAGCUGUAAAUUAGUUUCAUUGUCCAAAGUUUUGCAUUUCAUCCACCUCUUUUGUCUAUCGUCGCCAUGUUGCACAUUCACUAUGUUAAUAUACUUGUUAAGCCUUUUUUUAAUAGUUCAAAAUAAUUUUUUUACGUUACAGUAUUAGUAAACCUAAAAGAGAGAAGAGUUUUAUUUUCUGUUCCUAAGCCUAAUCUUUAGAUGUGGAAAAAGUCUGGCGCCUGGUUCUACAAAGAGGUACCGACUUAUGUCAAACCUUGUGAUUCCCCAGCCUCGACAAGUGCCUAUCCCCCUGCCAAUGGCUUCAGACACUCACCCAACGUGCCAUCUGCAGCCUCACCUAACAAUGGAUGGCCUUCUGGAUACAAUCCUUCGCCGAGGGCUUCUCAUGGCAGUGUAGUGUCACCACCGGCCGAACAAAACGGUGCCAUACCCGGAGCUCAUAAUCCGCCUAGGCAAAGGCAGCUGCCUAUUCCACCGGAUCAGCAACAACGGUAAGGUUUAAAAAUGUAAAAUAUUCCACCAUUUUUUAUUUUUUUUUUGCUUUGACGAAAUGUCAAAAUUUUUUAUUGAUUUUGACGAAGUGUCACAAAUUUAUUGGAAAAAUCAAAAAUUUUAAUAACGUGCUGCUUUGAUAUAGUCUUUAUAUACUUUACAAAGCUUCUUUAUAUUUUAGACAUAAUGUUACAAAUUUUUAUUGAUUUAGAAGAAAUGUCACAAAAUUAUUAAUUUUUGAAUUUUUUGAAAUUGUUAGGAUAACAGUAGUAAAAAAUUUGUUUUUUUAAACAUUUUAGCUCUAAAUCUAAAAACUUUUUCAAGUUUAGACGAAAUGUCACAAAUUUUAUUGAUUAUGACGAAACGCCACAAAAUUAUUGAUUUUUGCUUUUUGUUUAAAUACUGUAUUUUAUUGUAUGAAAACGUAAUUCAAACAUUUUUAUUGCGCAUUUGGAGCCAAAUCAUCAUUUAUAUUAUCGUAUUUUAAAAGCCAAUUUUCAGCCUGAAAACCACGCCCCGCCCUCGAAUCACCCCUUCGUGGGUGCACGAAAAGGUCCAAUCCUCAAUGUCGAUUGGCUCGGAAGACGAGGAAUCCUCAUCGUCGUCGAUUGACGCGCCCGACUUCAAAACCCUAUCAAACCAAGUGCCAAUUCAAGCCCAACCCUUGCCGCCGUCGCGUCGGCAUCAUUAUCGACAACGCGACUUUCGUCAUGCUCAAUCUCCAUCCCAACAACCGACCACAACCAGCUCGUCAUGUGCUUCUUCAUCUACUGCUCCAAGACAUAUUCAGCGGUUUGCUGUUAGUAACCGGAACCCUAUCACUGAUACAGGUACUAGUUCGGACGAAAAACUCGUUUAGUGGUCGUGGUGGUUGGUUUUUGGUGUGAUGAGAAGAAAAGUAUUAAAAAUGAUGAUUUUUUAGUUGAUUUUCAUUAAAAAAUAUGAUUUAUUUCAUAAUUUUAAAAAAGUUUUGUGUUUUUCGCAUUGAUUGUGGUUAUGUAACAAAACUGGCAAUUUCAAGUAUUGAAAAAGAAUAUUUUUACAAAUAAAUGAUGUUUUUUAUUUAUAAUUUAAAAUUUUUGUUUGGUUACUAACGUUUUUGCUUGGUUGUUUUUGUUUUACUCAUGAUUAUAUUGUUGAUCAAAACUAUGAGAACAACAUUAAAUACUGUGAAACUCCUGUAUAACGAAUCGCACAAGGAUUCAAACUUUUGUUAUUAUAAUAGAAACUACACUAAUUGACUCUACCUAAGAAAAAAAUAUCUUGUGUAAAACAAAUACCACUUUUUCAAAAAACCCUUACAGUAAUGGCUUUACUUAAAAAUUCUGCCUUAUAAAACCUCCCUCUUUUAAAUGCCUUGUGUAGUGUUAGCCGGGGAUCAAAAGUUGUUUGUUAUACGCGGUUUAUUUUAUACAGGAAGUCCACGGUAGUGUUUUUUGUAUUUUACGACUUUUUUUAUGACAGUCUAAAAUUAAGAUUAAAAAAAUAACUAUUUUUUGGUUACGCCGCAAGACGCACGUUUAGUAGUACUUUUGUAACGGCAUAUCUUAUUCUAAUAUUACGGAAGCUUACAGUUAUUAUUGCGAUAUUUACUGAUGUUCGUAAAAAUUUUAUUUGUAUAUUUACCUUUAGUUCUUUCAUUUCUUUUUCUGUUGAUUUUUGUGAAUAUAGUAUGUUUUAUUGUUGUUUCUUUUCUUUUUCUAUGACAAUUACAUACUCUUUGAACAAUGCGUUUUGUCACGACUGUUUUUGGUCAAGACAGAAGUACACGAUUAGAAACAAAUUUUUGGUACAGGUCUAGUGUAUCUAGUCGCUUUAUAUAAAAAUAUUUAUUUUAAACAGGGACGUCGCUAAGGAGAAGGAAGGAAAGCAAAUGGGAGUGGCUUCACCUCUGCCACAUUUUAAAACUGGUAAAGCAAAAAAAAAUUUUUUUGGUUUUUAUUUCUCCAAAAAAAGCAGAAGGGACGUCCCAAGUUGUAAUCUAUCUGUACUAAUUUUUAGUGUUGUCUAUGGUAGUUUAUAUUAUAAUAAUAAGUGUGUUUUGUUCUUAUUUUGUUAUGAUGUUGUGAAUAAAGAAGUUAAUGUAAAACUGUUGAAUUAUUCAUGUUGUGAUGUGUUCUAUUAUUUAUUUUUGUUUUUAACUUUUAGCCUUAAAUCCAAAAAUAUUUAUCAUAAUAUCUAAAGCCUGAUUCUGUAACUCAAACCGCAAAAAAUUUAAAUUUUAAAAAAUUUUUGAUUAUAUUUUUCACGGCAUUUAAAAAUAAACUAACCAUAACUUAAAAAUUUAAAUGUCUGUCUCUCAAUCUAUCCCAUAAACUUUAACAAUUAUUUUUAAAAUUGAAAAACUCCUAAUCUUUUUGAUGUUACUAACAACACAGUUCGGAAUUUCUCGGAUAAUCAAUUUACCCCACCCAUUUUUAGCCAAAACAACAUUGUUGCAAAAAAUGAAGACGUUUUCCAUUACGGACGAGGAAAGCGAGAGUAGUACGACGACGCGUGUUACGGCGAAUGAUAAGCACGAUGAAGACGCAUUAUCACAUUCCUCCACGUCGCAUUCGUAGCAAAAUUGUUAGUAUCGUACUGGGUGAGGGUUCGGCGGUUUUUGAAAAUUUAAAUUUAAAAAAUUUUUUUAAAGUUGCUUUGAACGAUCAAAACGCAUAAAAAAUCACUGUUAAGUAUGAUAACAUACUGCUUUUAGUCUAUUAAGAUAGUUUUUGUUGAAAGAAAAAAUCCAAUAAUUUUGUGACAUUUCGUCACAUAUUUUAAAAAUUGUGUUAUUUUGCAUAAAAAAAGGUAAAAACACAAAAUAAAACAAAAGGUUGAAAUUAUGAAAUAGUACGAUACUAUCAACUUUGCAGAAAACCCCCUCUUCAUCGUACUAUAGCAGCAUCUUCGUUGAUCGUACAGGAAAAGGUGCUGACCGAGUGUAAUCCCGUUUUUCCAUUUAUAGUUCGAAAUAACAAAUUGUCAAACCCUCAUUUUUCUCCAGCUAUUUGUAAACCUGUUUGGCGUUGUUCGUAUUUGGGUGUUGUGCUUUCGCUUAUUGGAUAGAGGGUAGGGUUACGGUGUAUUUUCUCAUAGAAGCUGAUUUUGGAAAAGUGCAUGUUUUUGGUAUAAAAGACUGUGGGAACACUUAGCAAUGCCAUAUUAACUUAUCUUUUUAAAUUAUUUUGAUGUAUAUAAAAGUUUUAGUGGUAACAAUCUUUUUGAAAAACAGUUGAAAAGUGGUCAAUUUUUUGCCAUUUUUUACCGUACUAUGGCACUGAAACGCGAUUUCUCCUCAAACCAAGUUGUACAAAACAAUUUGCACACUCUGUUUAAUCAUAUAAACACCAAUUUACACCAUACCCACCCCUCUUCGCAUUUAAUUUCAAUUCCUAAGUUUCUCGAGUGCUCCACAAAUAACCUAACAUAACACGCGUGCUAAAAGAACAUUGAGUUAAACUAACAUUUUGAAAAAGUUUUUAAUGCAUGUUAACAAAGCUGCAUUUUCGUUUGUCUAAGCCACUAAUUUUUUCAGAAGAAAGUGAAAACGAUGAAUCCAGAAGAACCACACCGUCGACUUCGCCACGACAUUCGUUGGCUACGCCGAGUAGCUUUGGUGGAGACGAUUUGUCGCAAAAUCACAUCACAUUGACUACGAAUGAGACUUCCGAUGCCAAGAGUAUUGAUUCUGGAGGUGAGUGUUAUAUAUUUUGUCGUUUUUAUUUUAAAAUUGCGUAGCGGCGCAGCGACCUAUGACAAUAUGUCAUUUCAAAAUGGCAUAGAAUAGCGUCAACAGUUUGAAAUUGCGUAGGAAACUCCAAAAUAGCUUUUUACUUGUUUUAGUCAUUCAUUAUUAUUAAAUAUUUCAAAAAACCAAUUUUAUAAAAUCAAUAUAUUUUGUGGCAUUUCGUCUUUCGGUCUUUUUAUUGUUUUUUUUUAAUUUAAAAGUCAAUUAUUUUUAAAAUUGAGAGUUUGGGUAGGCCCUUUAAGCAAAAAAAUAGUUAAUUUAGUUAUUUUGACGUUUUACAAAAAAGCAAUAAUUUUUUUGACAUUUCAAACUCCAUUUUAAAAGCUCAAACUUGGUCUCAAAACUUAAGAAGGCUAAAAUAGCAUGUUAGCUAGCUUAGUAUCACCUCCUACGCACUAAAAAUAUUUUUGUUGAUGUAAGCUUAAAAUAAGAUGUACGUCAAGAUAGGUAAACAUAGCAACAUAAACAUCCGUUGAUGUUGAGAAUCCAUUUCGAAUCCUAAAACAAGUUGAAAAGGCUUUUGACCUCACAAAAACACAAACUUGACUUAUGGUUUACAAUUGAAAAAUGGUUGAGCACGAGUUUUUUGGCAAUGUUUGCUGAAACCUUAGAAUAUUGGCUUUUAAAGUGUUUUUUGAAUACAUUUAAAAAGUUUGUAAAAGCUUUAAAAGUCGAGAUUUUUGGUCGGAAUAAACAUAUUGAAAGACGAAUUUUUUUCAAGACCUAGAUUUUGUUUGAAGUCAUUUUUGAACAACUAAAAGGUUCAGAAGCGUUCGGCUUUUGGUGAAAUUGACGAGUUAUUGUGAGGUUGAACCUUUUGAAAAGUAAGUGUAAACUUUUUUAAAACUGAAUAAGGGUAGUAUAGGAAUAGAACUGAGAGUAUGGUUAAGACUAGCGUCAAAGAUACGAAUAGGGUUAAGGCUAAGGCUAGAGCUCAGGCUCAGUCUCAAACUGGCGCUCAGGCUCAGUCUCAAGCUUAAGCUCAGGCUCAGGUUCAAGCCAAGACCAAGACUAAGCCCAAGGCUCAUGCUCAGGCCAAGGCUGAGGCUAAAGCUAAGGCAAAUGUUAAGGCUCAGGCUCAAACUCAGGCUUACGUUCAAACUCAGGCUCAGCCUCAGACGCAGUCUCAGUCUCAAUAUUAGGCUCAAACACAGAUUUAGGCUUAGGCUCGGACUUAUGCUAAGACUAGUGCUAACAAUUGUAAGAUAAAGCCAAGGUCUCUGCUAAAGCUAGGGCUAAGGUUAGCUUGACACUAGAUUAGGCGUAGGAGAAACCCAAUAGUUUUGUGGCAUUUCGUGCCAGUAAACCUUGAAAGUUGCUAAGUCUAAUUUUUUAAGUCAGUUGAAGUUAAAAAAUUUUCUGCUUUUUCAAAUGUUUAAAAAAAAUUUUUUUGCAAAUAAGCUGAACGUGAUUUUCACUAUAAGAUUUAAAAAAAAUUAUUUGCAUUUUUUGAUUUUUUUAUAAGUAAAAAUUAUCAUAAAAAUGAUAAAAAAGCCGCAAAAUUUGUGUAAAAAAGUUGAGUGCGGCUUGGCUUGCAGUCGUUCAAAGCGACCACUCAAUGCAUCAAAUUCGUCAAGUCAUUCCGGCUGCAGGCGCUCCAGCCCCGCAACAGCUCCAACCCUUCAACGUGACGCCGACGCCGAUGCACAAUAGUUCUUCAUCGUCGUCGUCGCCGCCUCCACCAAAUAUGAUGGCCGGGCUUCAGAAUCUGGAUGCUAGGACACACGGUCAUCCUGGCUUGGAAAUGAGGGCUACUGGAAACCAGAAUCCAGUAGACGUAAGAUCGUUGAGCCUUAAGGACAAACAUCAACAUGGCAAUCAUACUGAUCGUGGACAGUACGGUAGAGCACAACCUGAUCCUACUAGCCAGUAUGGAAGGCCAGCUGACCCUACUGGCCAGUACGGUAGCCUACAGUCUUCCACUCAAAAUUUUGGAAGUUCUGGCACGGUAGGUCAGAAUCAUGGACCGCAUUACGCUAAUGAUGCUGCUGGACAGCACCGAAAGUUCUCUGAAUCCGCUAGACAAACCCGUGAAUUCAGUCAGUACCGUGACGCUACAGGAGCUCCCGUUCAUCGUGAUAGUACGUCGGCUUCUGGACAGUACCGUGAUCAAACACACUCACCGUACCGUGAAUCUUCAACUAAUUCACCGUACCGCGAAGGCCAGAAGAUGAGUCAGAACGAUGUUAAUCAGCCUCAGUUUGGUCAUCCACAAGUAGCAAGUCAAUACUCAAGUCAGUACCAUGGUCAACAAAAUGGUCCUACUACAUCACCAAGGAAUUCAAAUACAGUACCAAGCCUUUUCCAACCCAUACCACCACCCUUACCUCCAAGACAUGGGCAGAGCGUGGGCAAUGUUGAUCGACACAGCCAAGGUGCUACAGUAAACCCUAUGAAUGCUACAGUAGCCUCUCAAAACUCAGCUACAGUAACCCCGCUAAAUGCUACAGUAAACCCAUCAGGAGCGAACAUAGAUCGUCGCCCAUCAAGUGGUUCAUCUUCAACCAACAACUCAGCUUUCAAUAAGCGACAGUUCCAAUCCAACCCCAACAGUUCACGUGAAAGCUUGAAUAUCGCCCCAGGCCAAAGUCAAUUGUCCUUGAAUUCGAAGCCACGACCACCAAGUGUCCACUCGACUGACCGCAAAAGCUCGAUUACCGUCGGAAGCCGCGAAAGCUUGAGUUUGGCACCGAAUGAGACGGUGGGUUUUUAAAGUUUAAUAUUUUUAAAAUUUUUGAUUGAAAAAUUUUAUAUUUAAAAGUUUUUUGAAUUAAAAAUGAAUUUUCUAUCAAAUUUUUUAAUUUUUAAUAAUUAGGUUUAUGUAAAAUGGCAGAAUUUAAAAAACCAAUAAAUUUUGUGACACUUCGUCAUUUUUGAAAUUGUUAUCUCUUUUUUGUAAAUAAAAAAAACAUUUUUCUUUAUUUUAUGUCAAUAGCAAUAAAAAUUUGAUAUAUUUUCUGAAAAUCAAUAUAUUUUGUGACAUUUUGUUUCAAACAAUAAUUUUUGUGACAUUUCGUCAUUUUUGACGUUUUGAUUGCUUUUUGUAAAUAAAAAGGGAUUUUUUCUAAUUUUUUAACAGUAUCCAUAAAAAAUGUUUAGUUUUCAAAAAUCCAAUAUUUUUUGUGACAUUUCGUCAAAAUCAAUAUUUUUUGUGGCUUUUUGUCAAGCUUUAUUUUAACUUUAAAAUUAACGUUUUUAAGCUUUUUAAAACUCAUUUUUUGUACAAAAUAGUAAAAGUUUUUAAAAAUUUACACGUUUUCGCAUUUCUGUCCAAAAAGUUUUGUCAUUUUUCUUCCAAAAAGGAAUGUCAUUUCGAAACAAAAGUUUCUAUGACAUUCCGAAACCAACACCAUUUCCGACAUUGUUCUUGACGUCUGUGAAUAAUAAAUGAUUUCAGGAUCGACCCAUUGGGGAAUCGCCUACAUUCAUGAGCUCACCGGAAGAGGAUUCAAGUAGGUUUGGGAAGGAAUGUCAUAAAGGUUGGGAGUGUUUGCUUCUCCUACUGUUUUUGGAAUGCUUGGGGUGGAGAGAGUACUGUAAAAUGGUCAAGUGUAAUUUUUAUUGUUUGUUAGGGGAGGGUAGGGCAAUAUUUGGGUAGGGGUAGAGUAACAAGGGGUGAGAUCAGACUAAAGUAAAGAUAGGGACUGACAAGGGGGUCAGGCUAGAAAAUUUUGUUUGAAUAACGUUGACCCGGACUAAGGCUAGGAGUAGGACAAGGGUUAGAACUAGGAGAAGGGCUAACUAUGAGAAGGAAUAGGACAAAGGCUAGGGCCAGAAUUAGGACAAGGGCUAGGACUAGGGCACUGGGCUAGGACUCUGAGCUAGAGCUCUGGGCUAGGGCUCUGGGCUAGGGCUCUGUGCUAGAGCUCUUGGGCUAGCUCUCGGGCUACGGCUCUGGGCUAGGUUUCUGGGCUAAGGCUCUGGGCUAGGGCUCUGGGCCAGGGCUCUCAGCUAGGACUAGGGCUAGUGUACAGUACUCUUUUGCCCUUUUAUAAUGCUUUUGUGGCUUACCGCGUGUUUGAAUGUACAGGUUGAAGUGCUUUUCCCCUAUUGUGCCAAUUAUUAACCUGUGUUCCCUGAAAACCUUAACUAAUAACAAGUGUCUGAGUCACAGUCCAGCUAACAGUUUUUGCACUCACGGAAUUUAGGCUUGUUUUUGAUGUUUUAAAAUUGAAAUUUUUUAAAAUUUUUUGGAAAAUUUGUUACUUAAAGUUAUAUAAAAAAAUUUUUUUUGUAAAUAUUAUGCAAAUUUUGAACUUUUUUGCGAUUUUUUGAUAACAAUUGUACCCAACGACCCGUAUUUUACCUAAAACUCUUUGAAGAAAUUGAGGAAGACCUUCAAAUUUCGAUCAACGGUGAACUGGAUCCCAACUUCCUGACCAUGCCUCGUAGUCGGUCCAAGUCCGACCGCCCUACCCGCACUCAACGCUUAAUCUCAGCUCUUAUUCGUCCUCAAACAACCUGUAGUAACUAUCGACCAAGAUGUACCAAACAAGCAUCGUUGCAACGAGAUUCUCGAGAUCACAACAACUCGACGUCGUCGCUGAACAUGAUGAUUAGUAGUACUGAUAGCCCGAGAUUCGCUGAUAAAAUUGAUUAUGAUAACAAUUCUUAUAUGGAGAAUAGUACUAGAAGUACUAAGAGUACCAAGAGCUCCAGAAACGACAAGAUUUUGGCUGAAAAACACGAAAAAACGUCGAAAAAUGAGAGAAACAACCCCGAAAAGCAAGAAAAAUCCGCCAAAAAUGAUCAACCCAGAUUCGACCGGCCAUCCAAAAGUGCCUCGAGGCUAUCAGUGAACAUGGAUGACUUUUCCGAACACGAUGACAUGUCAUUGUCACGUACUCCAUCUCCAAGACGACCAACUUCAGCCGGCUCCUUGCUAGCCACCAUUAACGAGGCUGACAAAUCAAUAUUGGAGUUGGAUAAUGAAUACGAAAACGAUGCCUUGAGGGAUCUGAAGUCACCGUCACCUGUUCGAAAUUUGCUUCAAAAUGAACCGCCAGGUGUGAUCAUGCUAACAUAUUAGGGCGUCCAAAUAAUUCUGUGUUCCUAAUAAUUAUGUACUUCUUAAAAGAAGUUUGUUUUGAGAUGGGGCUCAGAAUUACUUGAACAACUUAAUAGCACUAAAGUUUGGUUGAAAGUUAGAGGAGAUUGCACGGUGCAAAAAUAAAAAAAAUUUUAAAAUUUUAAAAAAUUAAAAUUUAAAACUUUUUUGUAAAUUUUAAUUUUUCGACUACCAAAAAUUUUUAAAAUACAGUACCGUGCAAGUCUUUCAAGAACUUUUGACCUAACUUUUCUGGGUUUUUGAUCUAUCUACACUGACUAACACACGCUUUCCUAUGAUUAACAUACUGCACUACCUAUACAAAGACAAGUAUAACUUUUGGAAAAAAGUUUUUACCGUACUAUAACUACAUUAAAUGGUAUGGUAAAGCUUAAAUUCAAAGUUGUUUAGCUAUUUUUUGGCUUUGAAAGCUUUAAAAUGAAGUUUUGUUAUGUUACAGUAAGACUUGUUGCUUACUAUUGAGUCAGAAAUAGUAAACUUACUUAUUAGUACUAAUGAGUAUGGAACGUUACAGUAACUUUCAUUAAUUUAAACUAACUUUUUUACAGUAUCACUUUUCUCACAAAUUAACCUAUCAUAGAUACAGUAUUCUUUCCCUACAGUAACAUAUACUUCAAUAAUUUUUGUGUUACAGUACCCUCAUUUCCUACUGUAACCCUUUAACCAAAUUUCCCGCUAUCGUUGAGUUUGUUUUGUUAUGUGCACGCUAAGCGCAGUAUGUGUAAACUAUAGUACAACUUUAUAGUACGCAUAUAGUACUAAGUGGGUGAUGCUUGCUGUCCUUUUGUUUCAUUUUCUUUUCAAUUUUUUUGUUUUUUAAAAAUCAUAACUUAAAAAUAUUUUUGAAAUAAUAAUGAUUUUUAGGUACUCUUGGAUCAAUUCAGUUCAAUUUGACUUAUCUGUCAGAGGAAAAGCAGUUGAUUAUUCACCUGAUUAGGGCUAAGGUAAGAUAUCACAAUAUACAGUUAAGCUUAUUUUUAGCUACCCUACCCUACCCUACCCUAUUCUACCCUACCCUACCCUACCCUACCCUAUUCUACCCUACCCUACCCUACACUACCCUACCCUACCCUACCCUACCCUACCCUACCCUACCCUACCCUACCCUACCCUACCCUACCCUACCCUACCCUACCCUACCCUACCCUACCCUACCCUACUCUACCCUACCCUACCUUACCCUACCCUACCCUUCCCAAGACGUACUGUACUCAAGCCCAACCCUAGUCAUCACUUUUCGAAUUGAAUUCUCCACUUUUUUCAGAAUCUAAAAGCGAUGGACAAGAACGGCUUCUCCGACCCCUACGUCAAGUUCCAUCUAAUACCAGGAAAUGUCAAAGCGACAAAACUGACUUCAAAGACAAUUGAGAAGACCUUGAAUCCAGAAUGGAACGAGGAGAUGAUCUACUAUGGCAUAACUGAAGACGAGCGAUUGAAGAAGACAUUGAGAGUUACCGUGCUUGACCGUGACCGAAUUGGGAGUGACUUUUUGGGUGAAACUAGGGUGGCAUUGAAGAAGCUGCCUUUAGGACAGACUAAGAAGUUCAAUUUGUAUCUGGAACAUGCUAUGCCUACACCGGUAAGGUUUCUGAAGCUUGAAUGAUUAUUACGUUGUUCAAAUGGUUCUGUGCCUUGUCUCAAAGCAAAUUUACAAACUUAGAAGCACAGAAUUAUUUGAACAAUCCAAUAUGAUAUUUUUCGGUCUUUGGUGACGUUUUAUGGCAUUUUUUGAGAUUUGAUGACAUUUUAUGAUAUUUUUUGAAAUUUGAUAUUUUAUAACAAAUUUGUCAAUUUAAUCACAUUUUAGUUUAAAGAUGACCUUUAAUUAAGCUAUGACCUAAAAAUACCUAAAAUGGCUAGAUAAUACUUAAAAGUUUCUAAUACAACAUUUUCAGGCAGAACAAGUUGAAAACGCAGAAAGAGGCAAGAUCCUGAUGUCAGUAUGCUACAACAUCCAACAAGCAUGCCUGUUCAUUCACGUUAAACGCUGUGCUGAACUCAUGGGCAUGGAUUCUAGCGGGUUCUCGGAUCCGUAUUGUAAAGUGUGAGUAUCUACUUGUAAAAAAACUUUUUUUGCUGCGUAUUUGACAUUGUCAAAAAAAAAGCUUUUUUUGAUCUUUUUUAGCAGUUUUAAAAACAAUAAAAAUCAUUAAAUCAACAUGAUUUUUAGUUCUUUAACGCCACUCAGCUCAAAACAACAUCGUUACAAGACGGCAAUCAAGAAACGGACAUUAAAUCCCGAGUUUAAUGAGGUAAUUUGCACAUUCCUUGACUUAUAUUAUCUCAACAUGUCGAGCUAAAGCCUUGCCUUGCCUUGCCUUGCCUUGCCUUGCCUUGCCUUGCCUUGCCUUGCCUUGCCUUGCCUUGCCUUGCCUUGCCUUCCUUUCUCCCAAUCCUGUUGCCUCUAUUCAACCACACUUUACUUCCCAAUGCCUCACUUUAUCCCACUCUAUCUUAGCCUACUUUACUCUACGUUACUCCAUCUUGCUUUACUUUACUCCCACCUUACCCUACCUACUCUACUUCAUCUAACCUUAUUCUAUGUUACCCCGCCCUACUUGGCCUCACUUUACCCUAUUCAAAAUAGAAUAGGCUAUUCUACUACCCUGUUCUCUACUCCGCCCAAACUUACGUUAUUUUGAUUUACCUUACUCUAGUCUAGCCUUACCUUAGUCAUCUAUAAAAUCAUUUUUUCUAGGUGAUUCAAUUCAUCGUACCCUUCAAAGACCUACCCAAGAAAACGUUGGAAAUUGGAGUUUAUGAUCAUGACGUCGGACGACAUGACGAUUAUAUUGGUAAGCCAUUUUUCUAUAUAUAGUCAAAGUUAAAAAAAAACUUUUUUCAAGCUACAGUAUUACUUACUAAAAUUUUUUUUCAAAUUUUUAAAAAAAAAUUUUUUAAAAAAUUUUAAAUUUUUAAAAUUUUAGGCGGAAUAGUACUAUCAACCGCGGCAAAAGGCGACCGCGGCAAGCAAUGGACCCAGUGCAUUGAGAAUCCGGGCAAAACUUUUGAAUAUUGGCACAAAUUAGAAACGGAUUAA